CCCCUCAGUCUCUUGCCAUCCAGGCGUCUCGGGUCUCACUCCGCAGAGCCUCCGGGGACUCGCCGGCCUUGCCCCGCCGCCUCCGCGCGCUCUCCCCGCGUGAGUGAUAGCUGCUUCAGGAAUCUUGCAGAAGACCGUAGUGGGAUAAAUCUUAAAGAUCUUGUCCAAGAUCCUUCUUUGUUGGGUGGGACUAUAUCAGCAUACAAGAUAGUACCAGAUGAAAUAGAAGAAAUCAAGGAAACUCUCAUAGACUGGUGUGAUGAGAAGGAACUUAAUUUGAUAUUAACAACUGGAGGAACAGGGUUUGCACCACGAGAUGUCACUCCAGAGAAAUUCCCAACAUUCCCAUUUUGUGGGCUCCAGAAAGGGGCCACAAAAGAAGUAAUAGAACGGGAAGCGCCAGGGAUGGCCCUGGCUAUGCUGAUGGGAUCACUUAAUGUUACACCUCUGGGCAUGCUCUCUAGACCAGUGUGUGGAAUAAGGGGGAAGACUCUGAUAAUCAACCUGCCUGGUAGCAAGAAAGGAUCUCAGGAAUGCUUUCAGUUCAUACUGCCAGCUCUACCUCAUGCCAUCGAUCUUUUACGUGAUGCCAUUGUAAAAGUAAAGGAGGUGCAUGAUGAACUUGAAGAUUUACCUUCACCACCACCUCCUCUUUCUCCACCUCCUACAACUAGCCCCCAUAAACAGACAGAAGACAAAGGGGUUCAGUGUGAAGAAGAGGAAGAAGAAAAGAAAGACAGUGGUGUAGCUUCAACAGAAGAUAGUUCCUCGUCACAUAUAACUGCAGCAGCUAUUGCUGCAAAGAAGCAUCCAUUCUACACCAGUCCUGCUGUUUUCAUGGCACAUGGACAGCCCAUCCCUGGUAUCAUCAGUUAUUCCCAUCAUGGAACAGGCAGUGCAGAUAAACGGAUUCCAGAUUCCAUCAUUUCUCGUGGUGUUCAGGUGCUCCCACGAGACACAGCCUCCCUCAGCACUACUCCUUCAGAAUCGCCCCGUGCUCAGGCUACAUCUCGCCUCUCUACAGCUUCUUGUCCAACACCAAAAGUCCAGUCCAGGUGCAGCAGCAAGGAGAACAUUCUCAGAGCCAGUCACAGUGCUGUAGAUAUUACCAAGGUGGCUAGAAGACAUCGCAUGUCUCCUUUUCCUCUGACAUCUAUGGACAAAGCCUUCAUCACAGUCCUGGAGAUGACUCCGGUGCUUGGUACAGAAAUCAUCAAUUACCGAGAUGGAAUGGGGCGAGUCCUUGCUCAAGAUGUAUAUGCAAAAGACAACCUACCCCCAUUCCCAGCAUCAGUAAAAGAUGGCUAUGCUGUUCGAGCUGCUGAUGGUCCAGGAGAUCGUUUCAUCAUUGGGGAAUCCCAAGCUGGUGAACAGCCAACUCAGACAGUAAUGCCAGGACAAGUGAUGCGGGUUACAACAGGUGCUCCAAUCCCCUGUGGUGCUGAUGCAGUAGUGCAAGUGGAAGAUACCGAACUAAUCAGGGAAUCAGAUGAUGGUACUGAAGAACUUGAAGUGCGAAUUUUGGUGCAGGCUCGGCCAGGUCAAGAUAUCCGACCUAUCGGCCAUGACAUUAAAAGAGGGGAGUGCGUUUUGGCCAAAGGAACCCAUAUGGGCCCUUCAGAGAUUGGUCUCCUUGCAACUGUGGGUGUCACAGAGGUUGAAGUUAAUAAGUUUCCUGUGGUCGCUGUCAUGUCAACAGGGAAUGAGCUGCUAAAUCCUGAAGAUGACCUCUUACCAGGAAAGAUUCGAGACAGCAAUCGGUCAACACUUCUAGCAACAAUUCAGGAACAUGGUUACCCCACAAUCAACCUGGGAAUUGUAGGAGACAA